CACCUAAAACUUUAUCCUUUUUAAAAUAGAAGAAUUGAAGUAUUUACACCCGCAAAAUCCUAUCCUUUCUAUGAAACCCCAAGUUGUGUAAUCCGUCAGCAGCAAGCUAUGGCUGCCAAAAACUUGCAGGUAGCCAUGUUCCCAUGGUUUGCCAUGGGACACCUAACCCCUUUUCUUCACAUCUCUAACAAACUUGCACAGAAAGGCCAUAGAAUCUAUUUCUUCAUACCCACCAACACAAAACCCAAGCUUGAGCAUUUCAAUCUCCACCCAGACCUCAUCACUUUCAUUCCAGUCACAGUUCCACAUGUUCAUGGCCUACCUCAUGGUGCUGAAACAACAACAGAUCUUUCUUAUCCAUUGCACUCUCUCCUCAUGACUGCCAUGGAUCUAACACAACCCUCCAUUGAAGCUUCUCUGAAAGAUCUCAAACCCCACUUUAUAUUCUAUGAUUUGGCUUACUGGGUACCAGCCAUGGCUCGCGGUUUAGGCAUCAAAUCCAUACUUUAUAACGUCGUUAGCCCAGCAAUGGUCGCUUACACGCUCAAACACGGGAAAAAACUCCAUGAAAACUAUGAGUUGACAGAAAUUGAUCUGAUUCAACCACCAGUUGGUUUCCCACCUUCUUCUUCCAUUAGACUAAGUUCACACGAAGCUCGUGGCAUGGCUGGUCUAGGGCUAGAUCAAUCUGGUACUACUGGCAUAUCAUUCACGGAACGCAUUAUAAUAUGCCGAAGUGACUCUGAUGCCAUCAGUUUCAAAACUUGUGCAGAGAUUGAAGGGCAUUUCUGUGAUUAUGUUGGAAAGCAGUAUGGAAAGCCAGUCAUCCUGGCCGGGCCGGUGGUUCCGGUGCAGUCAAUUUCGACCCUAGAAGAACGAUGGGAACGGUGGUUGGGAGGUUUUGAAGCAAAAACAGUGAUUUUCUGUUCAUUUGGAAGCGAAUGUGUACUUGAAAAAGAGCAGUUUCAAGAAUUGGUUCUGGGUUUGGAGGUCACCGGUAUGCCCUUUUUUGCCGCCCUAAAACCGCCACUAGGGGUGGAGAAGAUCGAUGAGGCGUUACCGGACGGGUUUCAAGAGAGGACUAAAGGAAGAGGGGUAGUUCACGGAGGUUGGGUUCAACAGCCAUUGAUUCUAGCACACCCUUCUGUGGGGUGCAAUGUGACUCAUUGUGGUUAUGGUUCUCUAUUGGAGGCUUUGGUGUGUGAGUGUGCAUUGGUGCUAAUGCCACAAUAUGGAGAUCAGAUUAUCAAUUCAAGAUUGAUGGGCGGAGACUUGGAAGUUGGAGUAGAAGUGGAGAGAGGUGAGGAAGAUGGGUUGUUUACCAGAGAAGGUGUUUGCAAGGCAGUAAGAUUGGUAAUGGAUGUUGAUAGUGAUGUGGGGAAGAAGGUAAAGGCUAAUCAUAGCAAAUGGAGAGAGUUCUUGUCGAGCAAAAAUCUUGAUAGUUCUUAUAUUAAUGGUUUCAUUCGGAAACUACAAGACAUGUUGGGGUGAUCUCAUUUCGAUAAUGAAGUAUGCAUAAUCAAAGAGAAAAUAUUGUUGAAUUUACAAAUUAAGAAGGGUUAAUGUACUAUGCAUUUGUACCACCAUGAAUUAUUUCGAAAAGUUUGUUAUUUAAAUUUGAA